AACAGGUGCAUUUUUACCGAGAACGGCACCGAGGUAGGAAUAGCAUCAAAUUGAAUUGAGCUAAAAUUAAAACUUUUCUGGAUUUGGGUGGAAUUGAUUUCGCAAUUUUCCAAUUUUGCAAUUUUUGGGGUUAAAAAGUGUUAAAUAAUUUAAUUAUUUAAAUGGACAUGGAUUCGCCAGAAAGGAAGGAUAAUAAUAAAUAUUAUAUUAAUAAUAUUACGGGCGCAAAUGGGGCGGAAAUCAGGAAAAAGUUGGACUCUGAUAGAGCCGCGGCGCCGAAAAGUUUCGAGGAAAUUAUUAAAGUUUUAGGUGGAUUUGGAUGGUUUCAAGUUCUCGUUAUAAUUUUGUACCUGACGCUAGAAGCUGUCACAGCUUUUGCGAUAUUUAUACCAAUUUUUGUUGCCCGAACUCCGGUCGAUUGGCUAUGCGACAAUCGAACGAUGAAUUCGAAGGAAAUUUGUGGAUGCAAUGGGACCAUUAAGGCGACCACGGAUGACUCAAUCGUGGCAGAGUGGAACCUGAUCUGCGACCAGCGAUGGAUAACCGAUUUUAUCACGAGUAUCCAAAUGUUGGGGCUUAUCUUUGGGAGUAUAAUCGGCUCUCAGAUCGCGGAUUGGUACGGGCGCAAGAUUGGUUUCCUCCUUUCCGUCCUACUCCUUGCCCUCGGUACCGCUUCGAGCGCCGUGGCGCCAAACGCUUAUGUCUACGCGCUGUGCAGAUUCGUCUGUGGGGCGGGAAUUCAGAGCUUUAUCAAUGUCACGGGCGCGGGUGUGAUGGAAUUUAUGCCGCCGAAAUUCAGAUCUCUAGCCAACUGCAUUGGUCCCUUGGGCGAAGGACUAAUGAUUUUGGCCGUUAUCGCGAAAUAUGUGACGCCGUGGAGGACCCUGUACUGGGUGACGACAGCGCCGUACGCGCUCAUCUUCAUAAUCUAUCCCUUCCUCCCUGAAAGCCCGCGCUGGUUACUUCAACAGAACAAAAUAGAAGAGACUCACAAAGUAUUGACAUUCGUGGCGCGCUGCAAUGGGAAAAAGCCCCUCGACAUUUCAGUUCUCCACGCGAUCGCUAAGAAGACGAAUCACGUCCCCGCCCCAGACUCGAAGGAGAAGCAGCCCGGGUAUUUGACCUUCAUUACGGACCCGAAACACAGGACGACGUCGCUCUUCGUCAUGGCGAUUUGGUUUUCAUGGUCGCUCACGUACUAUGGAAUUUCAUUCAAUAUUCGAAACAUUGAGGGGGACAUUUACUUCAACGUGUUCCUCAGCGGGUUGGCGAAUGCGUUGGGGCAACGUGUCACAUUAUUGACGAAUGAUAGUUUGGGGCGUCGAAUGUCGCUCUUUUCGUCGAUGACGUUCGGCGCAAUUUUCAUGGUCGUGGUGGCCGUGUGUUUCUACACGAUGGAGCAUUUGGGCGACAUCGUGCUAAUCAUGUGUCUCCUCUCGCUGUUCGGAAUGUCGGCGACGCGGUCGACAAGCAAGUUAUUGACGGGCGAAUCCUUCCCGACUAACUUGAGAGCUAUGAGUUUCGGACUUUCCGGAAUUUCGAUAACGCUGGGAGGAAUAUUAGCGCCGUUAAUGGCGUCGCUGGGAACAGAUUACCCCGCCGUUCCAUUCAUAAUUUUGGCGGUCGUGAGCUGCGCCGGGUCACUGGUUUCCUUCCUAAUAAAGGAAACGAAGGGUCAGAACCUCGACAGGAAGAAGAGCGUCGCACCAGGAAGUAUGGUCAUCGACGUGGGCGAUAUCGUGGAGGAAGAAACAAAUGCCGACAAGCAGACAACGUGACGACUCCGAUAUUGCAAUUAUAGUGCGAAAGUACUUACAUAAUAUUUAAUUGUAUUCAGUAAUUAUAUAGUUAAGGAAAGGUCAGAAAGAAAUAAAUAUACAAUAAGAAAUAUA